GGGAAAUUCAAGCAGCAACUACAACAGCAGGGGCGGCAAUUGGAACAGCUAUUGCUCCGGGGAUAGGCACAGCCAUAGGAGCUGCUGAAAGAGAAGUGCUUAAACAAGAACUUUCAGAUAUUGGGGCUACGGAGGCACAAGAGGUUUUUGAUGCCGAAGAAUUAAACAAAAUUUCUCUUAUCACUGUUUCUUUAUUUACUAGGAGUUAUGAAUUUAUAAGUAAGGUAGCGAAUAGUGAGAAACAAUUAGAAGAUAAUGAACUAGAAGUGUUUGAAAAAAUGUUUAACGAUUUGCCAGAAGCAGCCAAAGGUUUUGAAGACCAAGCGAAGCUUUAUGAAAAUGCUUGUUUAAAAUCAGCAGCAGAUAGUCAAAGGCAA